AAUGUUGUUACAUAUUUUGUUUUGUAAAUACUGUCAAUGAUUGAAUUCUUUUGAAAAUUAAAAUAUUUUCUUUAGCAACCUCCCAAUUAGGUAAUAAGAACUUUAAUACAUAUUUAUAUUAUGACUGCUCUGACUGUCCCCUCUGUUCAAAAUCUGUAUAAAAAUUCAUUCACAUACCACUGCCUCCAAGAUGAACACAAUUUAGAGUUCGAUGAUGCAGUUGAAUUCUUAGAGGAAUGCGAAAGGGAUAGAGCACGUGUUCUUGUACAUUGCAUGACAGGGAAAAGCAGGUCACCUGCUAUUGUAAUGGCAUACCUGAUGAGAAGUAAAGGAUGGAAACUUGCACAAAGCUAUCAGUGGGUGAAAGAGCGAAGACCAUCAGUUGAACUCACCCAAGGCAUCUACCAGCAAUUGCAGGAUUACGAACAGACAGUCUUUGGAUCACAACCAGAGAGCAGCGUGGUCACCUCCACCUCCACCAUGGCGGCAGCAGCCUUCUCCUCCCCUCCUAACACGGCGCCUUCUUUCAGUUUCGGCUUCCCAAAGCUCAGCGAAAUCGCUUCUUCUGCUCCCACUUUCAACACCGCCGGCGCAACUUCUCUCUUCUCCACCCCUCUUCUCAACAACAUUCCUCAAGAGUUCACUUUCGGCGCCGGUUGCUGUACCCCUGCCUCCCAGAACCCCCCUCCCCCCGCGAAUCAAAACCCACACGACGGGGGUGGCGAUAUGUGCAUGGAUGGCACGUGAAGAAGAAGAAGAAAAAACAACGUUUGUGAAAUCAAAAUCCAAACGCGGUCUUGUUCUGUUUCCAUGGAGUUGGAGUCACAGUACAGGUUUCACAAGUUGGUGAUAUGUGGAAUGUCUUCUACAGGUGUAUAUUUGGAGGAAGUGUUUGUUUUACACUUACAGUAAUACAUACUUAGUACUUGCUCUUAUUACAAGCUUUUAUUGUGACUGUGCUGGGAAACCAUGUCUCCUUUUUUGCUCGAGAUCCAUAGACGAGAACAAUCUAAGCAUUAUUUUUUGUACAUUGUGAUAGUUUUAAAUAUCUAAUUCCUUCUUUUCAAAAAAAAAAUAAUCUAAUUCCUUAAAG